GAUCUGUUUGGAUUUACAAAUCUACACCGUUUGACCGAUCGCGAUGAAAUUCGGCACAAAGGUUCCUUACAUCAGGCAGUUUCAAGUGGUCGUACUCAUUUUCCCCCCAGAGCUCCCCUUUGUAGCGCCCCCACACAAAUUUUAUGCUUUUUUGACUACUUUUUGAAUUUGGCGCCCUUUUUGGUAGAUUUUGUUGAAGAGAGAAUGAGACGGAUGCAUUUCACCGCUAUCCUCUCCCUCACACACUAACUUUUUCGCAAUUUUCUCGCGUUUUCCGCCGAAUUUUCAAAGGCAAAUUGUGUUUUUUGUGACCAAGAAACGAUGCCGCAUAUUGAUUGGCAUCAAAAAUUCCAAAAGUUCAAAAAAAAUUCAAUUCCGGGGAAAAAAAAAGUUGCGUAAAAAGACAAAAGACGCAGGGGGCCCUAAAGAAGUUCCCUGCAGCGAGAAAAGCCGGAAAAUUGCGUAGAAUCGAAGAAAAUUGACUUUAAAUACCGCCGCCAAAAAUGUUUCGGCGUAGUACUCCAAAUUUUGUGGUGGCAAAAAACAAUGAAUUGCGCCCCAAUAGUUUUACUGAAGCUCACCGGGGGCCCCCUGAGCUCCUCCUAGCAACUUUUGGAGCCAAUCAUUCGGGAAAAUCGCGGAAAAUGCAAGAAAAUUACAAAAAAUCUUACGUCUCUUAAAUUAAGAGAAAAUGUCUUAUUCAUCUUCAGUAGAAUCGGCGGAAUGUAUGAAGCUUCCUUGGGAAAUCCACAAGAAUUUCAUUGAUAAAUUGGUUGAUGGGGCAAAAUAAAAAAAUUGUGGUGGCAAGAAAAAUGUUCGAGUUUUUCUCCCGUAAAACAAAUUAGAAAUUCUAGACGAAUGAGCAAUUUAUUCUUUUAGAUAACUGUGUUGUUUCGAAGAACGUGACCUGAAGUUCAGUUUCCACUAAUCACUCCCGGGAGGGCUUUGUGGUAAAUGUGAAUUUCAGACCAUAAAGUUGGGCAUGAAAAAUCAAUAGUGGACGACGCAGAAAAAGGGGCCACGAAAACUGGGGCGCCGUGUUUGGGGGGCACGGAAUUAGUUAAUUUAGUAAAUUAGACAUCUUAUCACGAACUGACAGUAUUUGAAGAAGGAUGGGAAGUACGAAUCUUGUGGUUCCCGUUGUGCUGUGGGGCCCCUUUGCACCCACCCACUGUGUCUCGAGUGUUUUUCUGUCACGAGAUCAGCGCACCCUCGCAACUGGAUGCUAUGAUGGGCAGAUAUGUUUGUGGCAAGUGGAUCCGGAUACGAUGAAUAUGACUCCACGGUGCCUCCUAGUUGGGCAUACGGCUCCAGUACUCUGUCUCUCGCGUGCCUCCAUUAUUCAGGACAAUAACUUCCUCGUGAGUAGCUCCGAGACGGGGGAGAUGUGUACGUGGGAUCUAGUCGAUGGCAAGUGUCGUGAGUCGACGAAGCUCAGCCAGGUCCAUACUAGCAUUCAGGCCUAUCAUAUGUCCAAUUGUGACGAUAUCCGGCUCUUCUGCAAUGGCUACUACGCUGAGAUUAUGGUGAUGGAUCCCUUCAGCCUGGAAGUUAUUUUCUCUCUCAGUUGCAAAGUUAAACCUGAUUGGAUUUCUGCACUUCAUGUUCUUCGUCCAUCAAAACGCAAGGAUGAUGUUGUUUUGGCCAUAACAACCACUGGUACAGUGAAGGUGUGGACUUUAAUUGGCAAUGAGAACAAGUAUUCAGAACCAAUUUAUGAAAAUGAAUCCAAGCAGAUUCGAUGCCUGAAUGCCAUCACGAUGAGCUGCUGCUCCCAAAAUCAGCGAACGGUGUUGAUUGUUUGCGCCAAGUAUUGGCAAAUCUACGAUGCAGGAGAUUUCACGGUACUCUGCAGCGUAAUCUCACCGUCGGGUGAGAGAUGGCUCGGUGGGGAUUUCCUUGGGAAUGAUCGUGUGAUACUGUGGUCAGAUGAAGGAAAGGGAUACCUCUAUCGCCUUCCAGCAAAUUGCAUUCCGGACAAUAAGGAAUUUCACUCGCAAUCCGUUGGAAAAGAUGCUCCCUUCCUCUAUUGUGUCCUUUCUCAGACAGGCGAAAAGCCACUUUCCUGUCCACCUGCUAUGAAAUUGGUACCAACAACACGCGGAGGAAAGACGCACAAGUAUCUCGUACGAGGUGAUUCAGAGGGAUUUGUUACGCUGUGGUCAGUUCCUGAUUUUGCAGUUGAAAACAUAAGGAAAAUGCAGAGUGAAAAAAUACCACCAGAAGUUCUCAAGUCAACAAUCUGCACAAGUGUCAAUGAUUCGUGGAAUUUAAUGACUCCAUCACCAGUGGGCAUCCUCGAUCAGCUGAACCAUCCAAGUGAGAGCAUCAUAAAGUUAACAGCGAGUAUUUAUCUGCCACAGCAGAGUCGUCUUGUAGUUGGACGAGAGGAUGGGUCCAUUAUUAUUGUUCCUGCAACGCAGACGGUGAUGCUUCAACUCUUGCAUGGAACUCAUAAAAAUUUUCACGAUUGGCCACCUCAUCAAAUUCUAACUGGUCACCGAGGACGCGUGAAUUCACUCCUGUGCCCCUCAUUGGCACACCCACGCUACGAUAAAUCCCAUCUUGUUUCUGGAGGAGUGGAUUUUGCCGUGUGCCUGUGGGAUCUCUACAGUGGCACCCUUUUGCAUCGAUUCUGUGUACAUGCUGGGGAAAUAACGCAACUUCUCGUUCCACCAAAUACCUGUAGUCCACGCAUUCAAAAGUGCAUCUGUUCCGUUGCAUCAGAUCACUCUGUUACGCUGCUGAGUCUUCAAGAGAGAAAAUGCGUAACCCUUGCAAGUCGUCACCUUUUCCCGGUUGUGAGUAUCAAGUGGCGCCCAUUGGAUGACUUCCUCAUUGUUGGGUGCUCCGAUGGGACGGUGUAUGUGUGGCAAAUGGAGACGGGACAUUUGGAUCGGGUACUACAUGGAAUGCUGGCUGAAGAAGUUAUGUCGGCAUGUGAUGAGAAUGUUGCUGAAACAUCGUGUGGAUCAACAUCAGAAAUGGGACUUGCAAAUCCCGCUGUUCACUUCUUUAGAGGACUUCGCCAUCGAAAUCUCAAUGCAAUUCGACAUGCAACUCAACGUGGAAUCCAUCAAUUGCAGCAACUACAUGCCCACAAUAAUCAACAUGCUGAAUUUUUAUUCAAGAACCGAAGCAGUCCCCUCUUGAUUCAGGGUUUACGAACCAAUCCCAAAGAUGCUGAGAGUCAUAUUCUCUUUUUUGAUAUUGAAGGACUCAUUUUUGAGCUACACAGCGAGGAAUAUGCUCUAAUGACGGCCGAAGCACUUGAGGCACAAGAAGCAGCUGCACAGAGUGGUAGUCAAGCGGGUACACAUGAAGCAGGAAAGAAAAUUUCCGACUUCUUCGGAAAGGUUAAGACAAAGGCGGGAGACGUGGAGAAGAUUCUUAAAGAAAAAGAUAAGCAUGGUAUCCUGCAGAAGAUGAAGGAAGGUGCGGAGAAUGUUCAGACAAAAAUACAAGCCAAGGUGGAAAGUUUGAAGCAAGUUGGUGAGAAAGAUGGUGGCGGUGAUGCAAAUAAGAAGGCAACACCACGAAUGGAGGCGACGCAUGUGAUGGAAGUCGCACAACUGUUGCUGUCGCUAAUUCACUCAUGGGGACUUGAUCCACAUCUGGAUAAAGUGUGCGAGACUCAGCUGGGACUGCUGCGGCCAAUGGUUCCUGUGUCGUAUGGGGUACUCUCCAAGGGUGGCUACAUGAGUCUCAUGCUACCCACAUGGCAGAAUACAAUUUCCCUCCCAACAGCCACGGAAUCCAUUCUACCGGUUUCCACGCAGGCUGCUCUUGCUGAUCAGAUUCGCCUUGAUACGUUGACGAAGCUCUUCACGGCGCGGCUUCAUUGGGAAUUGAGUACAACACUCACGUCGAAUCAUCUCCUAGCCAUGGUAGCCAUGUCCAAUACACUCAUGUCCAUGAAUAUGGCAAGCUUCCUACCGGAAACGGAGCGUACAAAGAAGCUCCAUCGGCAGGCAACACGUGUCUCAGCGUCGUGGACAACUGAGGAUGAGCACGAGGAACUCUACACUCAGCAACAGGCUCAGAUAAAGCAAGGUUGGAGUCUUCUCUCCACACAUCACUGCUUCUUGCUUCCCGAUAAGAUUGAUGCAUUGGAACCGAGGAAUUUCAAGAGACCCCAAGUGGAGAUGAUGGCACGCCGUUGGCAGCAUCAUUGCAUUGAAAUACGCGAAGCUGCUCAGCAAAUUCUUCUCGGUGAACUCGGUCGUAUGGGCAAGAAAGGACGGAAACUCCUCGUUGAGAAUUGGGCUCAAUUCCUUCCUCUGUACACGCAGCAAGAGCCAAUUGCACAACAACCACCAACACCGAGUCAACCAAAUCCUCCGGGUGGUAUGACCCCACCGGUGAAUCCGGAACAUGUUGAGGAAGAAUUUGAGGAGGAAGAAGAGGAGGUAAUACGGAAACCAUCAUCUUUGGCUGAAUUGAAGCGCAAACAGGCGUGUGCUGUGAUCCUCUUGGGGGUGAUUGGGGCGGAAUUCGGUCAAGAUAUCUCCAUUGAGAGUGGUGAUAAGCAACAGCAGCAGGCAAAACGUCCCACCGACCAGAGACGCAAGAGUUCCGUCGUUGAGGGUUUCGGCAUUGGGAAUAAUAAUCUUGCACGAUUAACAUCAAUGGCUCUCACGCAUCUCCUCCUUGCACCGCCCACACCUAAACUUCCGGCUUUUACACCCCUCCGCAGGGCGGCAAUUGAUCUAAUUGGACGCGGAUUUACAGUUUGGGAGCCAUAUCUCGACGUGAGCAAAGUCCUUUUGGGCUUAUUGGAGAUGUGCUGUGACUCGAGUCGCCUCAUCCCGAGUCUCAAUUACAAAUUACCCCUCACACCACAAGCUGAUGCCUGCCGGACAGCUCGGCAUGCCCUGAGACUCAUUGCAACGGCCCGUCCAGCGGCGUUUAUCACCACAAUGGCCAGGGAAGUGGCGCGUUUUAAUACAUUGCAACAGAAUGCACAGACUCUGAGUACGCCACUCACGCAAUCUGUCCUGUAUCGUGCCAAGCGUGAAAUUCUGCAAUGUGUGGAGAUGUUAAUUGACAAAAUGCAGACGGACAUUGCAAAUCUCCUCGUGGAAGUUAUGGAUAUUACGCUCCACUGUGUCGAUGGGACGGAGCUGAAGAAUAAACCAUUGCAGGAGGUUUGUCCGGCAAUCUGUAAAUUCAACCAGGUGUCUCACUGCUUUGGAACACGACGUAUUGCAGUGGGUGCCAGCAAUGGGCACUUAGCCAUCUACGAGUUAAGGCACAAUAAAUGCCAAAUGAUUCCCGCCCACACAAAUCCCGUGACUGCCCUUGCAUUCAGUCCCGAUGGGAAGUUUCUUGUUAGCUAUGCAUCCGGGGACAAUAGGUUGUCCUUCUGGCAAACCAGCACAGGAAUGUUUGGAUUGGGACAAAGUCAAACACGCUGCAUCAAGGGCUACUCCACGGCACCCAUUCCCGAUGUGGCACGUCUCAAUCCGAUGCGUCUGGCAAAGUUGAUUUGGAUUAACAAUCGCACAGUGACUCUCAUGCUGGCCGAUGGCUCAGAGACGCGCUUCAAUGUCUAAAAGACAACGAAGGGAGUCUCAUCUGCAGAAAUAAUUUAUCCAACUAACAUUACUUUUAAACAUUGUAUCUUAUGAAAAAUUUAUUAUUAUUAUAUUGUUACCAAAAAUCAGCUUUAGCAGCCGACACAGCUCAUGAAGAUGCUAGAGGGAGAAAAAAACAGAGAUUGCGAGAGAGAGCAAGAAUGGGCUAAUUUGUUGAAAGAUUUGUGUAUACAUUGUAUUUUAUUCUCUAUAAGUGUUUAGUGAUUUUGUGGAAACAAAGAAGACAAAUAAUAUUAUUGAAGAUUUGAG